AUGACCGAAGUUGAUGCGUUUAUGAGAAGCGUUGCUACGCGCAAGUACACAUCUUGGGACGAGUUCACAUCAGUUUUGCAAACAUACAUGCAAAAUUAUCACGUUCAGUUUGUGUGUGUUAGUAGCAAGCGCGGGAAUGAUUUACAACUAAUAUACAAAUUGGUGUUUUUCCGCUGUAUACGGCAUGCCAGAAGGCGGAGCAGCAGUCGAGGUAUUCGUCGAGUGUUGUCAGACGAUACUUGCUGUCCCGCUCGUUUCUGCGUACGAAAUCGAGAUGGUUUUUUAACGUUGACCUCAUAUGACGUUGGGCACAAUCACCCACUAUCGAAAGAGCUAUAUGAGCAACUUUCUGUCAAUCGACAUCUCAGCACGUCUCAGUUGCACCAGUGUCUCGACGUAUUCAGGGUUGAAAACUCCAUUCAUGCGAUAAAGGAAUAUGUGAAAGACCACUUUGGGAAACUAGUCACUACGAAAGAUAUAAACAAUUACCGAAGAAAACUAACAUUUGUGCUUAAAAUAGAACCCGCAGAGCCGUCAUCUCCAGUCCUCAAACCUCUGGUGCAGAGUAUGCUUCACGAGCAGGCUAUGAACGUUUGA